AAAAGGUGGAAGAAGUGGAGGAAACACGCACAGAAAGUGUCGCUCUUUGCAACACUGACGCGCAAACUCGAGCACGAAGCCGCGUAAAAGUCGAGGAGGAAGAAAAAGGAGGAAGAGGAGGAUGGAACCGUCCGGGAUGGGGCUCGUACCGGACUCCCGCUUCCCUCGCGGCCCGGGAAUAACGCGCCAUUGAGAGAGCGAGAGGGAGGGAGGAGGAGGAGGGGUGGAGGUGUCGUGCAUGCGCUCUGGCUGCGCAGCGUGCACUCUCCGGGUCGGAGCUCCGUGGCGUGGCUCCGCGCUCGGCCUCCAUUUGCCACUUCGCGUUUGUGCUCGAAGGGAUCCUGCCGAGGCCGCUUCCAGCCGCGACGACCGACGACCGCGCAACAGUUUGUGGAGUUUCCACCGGAGGAAGCGCGUCUCCGUGCCGCCGCCGACCGCCUCCCUCCGGGACCACGAGGCUUCGCCGAGCAGAAAAAGGUGUCAGAUGCAGUGUGACGAUGUCUGACUCUGAACUCGCCUCCAUGGAGGGCAGUCUGGUGACGGAGGAUGAAUUGGGGAGUUUUUCCAUCCCGUCUUCAGCUCCGUCCUUUCCAGCCACUGUUAGACCUAAUUUCAGCAGUGAUGCAGAGAUUGAGAGUAAAGCUGUUUCCGUGGCGAGUAAUGACUGCAGCUCUGCUCUGUCCUCACCUACUGAAGCCAGUCCGGCCAAACCCGCUGCGACAUCCACCUCAGAAUCCAGCCCAGCUACCUCAUGUAUCGCCUCGGCGUCCGACUCGCUGACCUGCUCUGGGACGAGUCUCGCGUCGGAAUCGUGGGUUUCUUCGGUGCCGUCCACCACGUUCGGCACGGCGGACCUGGAGAACGAUCUACCUGCCGUGCUCACCUUUAAAGGCAUCAGCGUCACGUUGGAGAACAACAGCGUGUGGAAGCAGUUCUACGGCUGCGGAACCGAGAUGAUUCUCACCAAACCGGGCCGCCGCAUGUUCCCGUACUGCCGUUACCGCCUGGCUGGGUUGGAUCCAGAUCAGCAGUACAAUCUGGUGCUUUCUAUAGUCCCGUCUGGUCAGUACAGGUACCGAUGGAGCACCUCCAAAUGGGAGAUCCACGGACCGCCGGAACAUCAGGGUCAGGGUCUGAUCCGAGCCUUUUCCCACCACUACUCACCAUGUCGAGGUUCCGAGUGGAUGAGCAGUUUGGUGUCGUUCUACAAGCUCAAACUAACCAAUAACUCCCAGGACCAGGACGGACAUAUAAUCCUGCACUCCAUGCACCGCUACAUCCCCAGGCUACACGUGAUCCCGGUGCUGGAUGGGAACCAGCCCACAGCAGAUAAGCCGGUGGUAAUGGGACCAGAAAGCAUAACGUUUACGUUCCCGCAGACCGAGUUCAUGGCCGUGACCACUUACCAGAACUUUAGGAUCACGCAGCUGAAGAUUAAUCACAACCCGUUCGCGAAGGGCUUCAGGGAGGACGGACACAACCCUCGUCUGCAACGGGUCAGCACCGAGGCCCAACCGGUGGUGAAGACGGAACCUCAGGAGUCAGAUUUAAAACCUGCUGCGGAACCCAAAGAGGACCAACAGGAGGCCGUGGAUCUGAGCACAAAGAAUCCCAGCGUCUCUGCUUCUCCGUCGAAUGCACCAGAGACCACGACCAGACUGGUGCUGAAGCCCAUCAUGUCCAACGCUGCUGGCAGAGACGAACCAUUUGUCCCCUGCAUCCGAGGCCACCAUGCCCUCGGUGAGCUCGUCCUCGUCCAGAAACGAGAGGAACCCAAAGAAGAACCCGUCGCCACCAGCGUCACCCCUGAGGCCCAGCGUGGCUUAACAAUCUGGACGCUGCCCAAAGCGAGGCUCUCCACUCCGGCCUUCUCCACGUCCACCCCAGGUUCAUCACCUGGGUACCGCAAGAGGAGGAAGAGGAUCAACAGACGCUGGGCGAAUCCCCGGGGAAGAGAGUGGAAGGCAGCGGCUGCCUCCCCCACAGUAGCCCACAGCCCAUCAUCGACAGUCGCUAUGCAACCGGAGCUGGAUGAUGUAGAAGGCCUGCUGUUUGUGUCAUUUACCUCGAAGGAAGCUCUUGAGGGUCACGUCAGGGACAAGUCGACCUCAUCGCCAGCAUCUCCAGUUUCCUUAACAACGCCAAAGGAGUCGAAGCAGACGAGUGAGAAAUUGGAGGUGGAGGUGGAGGUGGAGGUGAGUCCAGAGACCGAUGAGGAGAAAAUCGCUCGAUUGGAAGCCAUUCUGCUGAACGACCUGCGACUCCUCAAACACCGACAGGUCAUCCAUCCUGUGCUGCAGGAGGUUGGCCUGAAGUUGAGCUCCCUCGACCCUUCAAAGUCCAUCGACCUGCAGUAUUUAGGGGUUCUUCUUCCGCUGCCGUUUCCAAGCCUACCAGAACAAAACAACACCGCUGCUCCGUCUCCUGGAGAUGAAGGAUUAACCUUCAUCUCCCGAACAGGAAAGACGAGCGACGUGACAAAAAUAAAAGGAUGGAAGAACAAAUUCAUAAGAAGCAAAGAGACGUCUCCCUCUAACAGUGAAGCAUUACAAAAGAACUUGUCCGCCUUCUGCAGCAACAUGUUGGACGAGUACUUGGAAAACGAAGCUCAGCAGAUCAGCGAGCGAGCCGCCGCCUUCUCCACCGACCCGGAGGGCUCGGUGGCCUAUCAGCUGCCGGCUAAAAGCUCCAGCUAUGUCAAGACUCUGGACAGCGUCCUCAAGCAGCAAAACGCUGCCUCCAGACUCCCAGUGAGGGCCAUCAGACCUUGUCCUCUGUCCCAUAAACCCCUCCUGUACUCUGCCCUGACGUCACCUCCUCCUCUUCUGACAAGUCCUGAAACCCCCAAAGAAGCAGAAGCCGAGUCCCAACCUCAGACCGCUUCAUCAGACACUCAGCCAGCUGCUGCUUCUGGAUCCAGCUGCACUGCCGAGGUCUCACAGGGAUCACCUGUUCUCUCCUCGAGGUACGUCCAGAAACCAGCGAUGAGCUUCGGUGUGAGCCACAGUACGAACCACAAAUCUUCAGGCCUCACCAAGUGCCAGCUCAAACUGCUGAAGAUGGAGAUGAGGGCGAUGAAAGAGGGCGUUGGCAGAACACAGCUGACUGCAGAUAGGCUGUCUAUGGCUCUGUCUGUCAUGCUGACUAAACAGAUGACGACCUGUCAGGUCUUGAAAGUCGUCCCUUUUCCAAAUACUAAACCUGCUGGACCUGAGUGUGGUCAGGCGUUCUGCAGACUUGGUUGUGUGUGUUCCAGUCUACGACAUCCAUUCAGAGGUCCGCUGCACUGCAGACGGCCUGAAUGCAUGUUUGACUGCGUCUGCUUCAAACACCAGAUUACUAAGCAGGCGACGGGGAGUGAACCACAAACCAACCUUGUUAACUCUACGACUAACAUGGAGCAUGUGGUCCGGGUUCACACAGGUUCCCAGGUCAGAAAACUGUGGAACCGCAAAGUUCACAGUGAGGAUCCAGAGCCGCUUUACUCUCCUACGAGUUCUCCGCUCUGUGCGGCCCAAAUGAAGGUCCCAAAACGCAUCGUUCCAGCUCGACCAGCACCACCAAUAAGUGAGGAGGAGAAGGAUCCAGUGUAUAAAUAUCUGGAGAGCAUGAUGACGUGUGCACGUGUCCGAGCGUUCAACAGCAAACCUCCUCCUGAAGUCAGCCUCGAGCUGAAGAUCCCUGCUGAUGUUACAACUACUAUUACUACUAUUACUACUGCUGCUACUGCUGGUUCUGCUGCUACCGGUGCUGCACCACCAAAUACUGCAGCCGAACCGCAGAAUAGUGCUGACAACCCGCAGAAAAGCAGCCUAACGAGUGUCAAAAAAGCAGGAACCCCAGCUGAAAAAACAUCUCAGGAAACAUCCAACACAUCCGGUGAAUCGGAAGCAAAGAAGCAGAUCCAGAUCCAGUCAGCGUGUCAGUGGAAGAAGGACCGAACGAUGGUGCUGGAGGCCUUAUGUGAACGCAUGAAUCAGAACCAACUCUCUCAGCGGUUCUACAUCGGACCGUACUGCAUCAGUCCAGUCGCCAAGAUCUUCAUGAAGAAGCCCAGCGGCUCCAUCGUCACCUACAGGGUGCUCAUCAGUAAACCGUCCAAGGCCAGUGAUUACGAUGAGGAUGAACUUGAUGACAGCGAUCAAAGCUCUGAUGAGGACAUGGAUCCAGAGGAGGAAGAUGAACAAAUAGACGAACCAAGAAUCCGGUUUGGAGUCACACCUUUCCUGAGUGGAGUGAUUCCAGCUGGCAGACUGAGAGCGAGAAGGAAACCUGCUGGGUGUCAAGCACAAGGACUCAUACAGGUUAAUGGUAAAUCCUACAAUCACGCCAGACUGUUGCUUGGAAACAUGGGAUCUCUGCAUCCAGCCAACCGCCUUGCAGCUUACGUCACAGGCCGACUACAUACUUCAGGUGACUCUUCUCAUAAAAACUCUCAGAAACCGAACUCUUCGCAAAGAAACGACCUCCCUGGAGCUCCUCACGUGAAAGCUGCAGGUUCAAUUGUCCCUCCACGUAUCACUGCCAGGAAAACUACAGAUCUGAAGAUAACAGUACAACCUCCAGUUCAGUCACUCCAGCAAGACUUUUGGAAGAAGGCAUCUGUCAGUUUGCUGCCACCUUCACAGAACUCCUGCAGCAUCAAACCGGUCCAGUCGUUUGUCCCCAGCUCCACGUCUUCACCCGUCUUCCUCACCGUCUCCCCAGCGCUGAAGAGCCCCAGUUUCCUGGGUCAGAGUGGGACUUACUCAUUCAGGAUCUGCCCUCCGUCCAACCAGGGCAGUGGAGGCCAGACGCUUCCCGGAGUUAUCCUGCCCGGAGGCUUCACCCUCAUCCAGCUCCCGAAGCCCGGAGCUGGCGGAGCUGAUUCACAACAGUCCGAACCCCAAAGCGCAACAAACACGGCGAACGCUGGCGACGUCCCGCCACAGAAAGAGGGCGCCGUUAAUUUUAGUCGCCUGGCAGCCGAGCUAAUCGGUUUGGACACCCGGGAGAAAGUGAGGAGGCUACUGAGCAGCAAAACAGUGGAGUCUGGAUCCUCUGAGCCGGUCUGUGAGGAGAAGAAGGCGUCGGAUGAGAGCGAUGAAGCUAACGGGAGGAAGGCGAUUAAACAGGAGGAGUCCAGCAUAGAUAUCGUUUCAGAAGACUUCAGCUCCGACUCCUCAGACUGCAGUGGAGACGAAGACGAUAGACUCGUGGAUAUUGAGACUGUGGAUGAAAGAGCAGCAACAAACAUCGCUAAAAUGAGGGCGUCUUUACAGGAGUCACGAGAUUCCAGUGAUGGUUUUGGAUCAGUGAGAGAGGUUACCGUCCAGGAUGAACAUGAAGACUCUAUAAACAGAAGGAAACGCAAGCACCACUCAGUGCUCGAAAAGCAAAGACGCUCAGAACUGCGAUUCCUGUACGACAAGCUCCAGAUCAUCCUUCAGAGUGACCCCUGCGCCCCCAGACUUCAGCUUCUCUCUCUGGCCAAUAAAGAAAUCCAACUUCUGGUUAAGACUUCCAAAUGUCUGGAGGAGAGGAAGGAGAUGCUGACUAAGAUGCAGACUGACUAUAUCAAGAUGCUUUCAACCUUAACUGGGAAGUCAGAGUCUCAGAUUAAAGACAAGCUGAAGCGCAUCUGCGAGAGACAGAAAAGGAGAGAGAAGUCGAUGAAACUGAAGCCUUUCUUUUCCCAGCUGCUACAGUCCAGAGCUGCUUAUCUGCAGGCCAAUCCUCCACCGCUUCAUCUCCCUACCACACCCCUGAUACUGCCCAACAACAUGCCUUCACUUCAGGCCAACCAACUCCAAGCGAUACUAACACCACCCAACAGGCCCAUGUCAUCAGUCGACCACACCGGGCCCAUGUCAUCAGUCGACUACACCAGGCCCAUGUCAUCAGUCGACCACAACGUCCAGCAGAUGCUAGCCCUGCUUCAGCCCAUCCAACCAAAACCUCAAGCAAGACCCUUCCUAAGACCCAGGCCACAUUUUACCCCUUCAGCAGCACCGUCUCCAGCCCAGUCUGAGGUUAAAACCCCUCAAAAAGGUGGACCUGUGGCCUCAACACAAAUCAGUCAACAUCGGAUACCAUUAGAAAGCAAACAGAAGGGAAAAAAGGGUCCAGACAAAGUCACAGAGCCUCCAACAAAACCUCAAGCUGAACCUCAAUCAGGGCCUAAAGCUGCCUCAGUUAACGCUACACCUCUGGUCCCUGUAGCCCAGCAUGGAUCCUCAGCACCUUUAGGCAUCAACUCCAAAGUUCAGCUUCCACAACCUCUUCCUCUGUUUUGCACCAAGGACGGCAGAAUCAUCCUCCCUUCAUCUCUGAAACCACUUGGUAACGGCUUUUACACACUCAUGGUCAUGACGGCCAAGCAAGACGGAGAUGCUGGUACCGUUAACUCUCCAGCUGUAAUUCAGCCCCCUGACGUGAAUUCAUCCAAGAAUCAAGAGAAAACAAGUUCUACGUCUGACAAACCUCCAGAUUCAGAAACCAGCCGCGUGUCAGAGGACAAGACUGCAUCUUCAGAUCCAAAGUGUUCAGUUGCUCCAAAGAGUUCCCUCGUAGCAGCCCACCCUCUGGCUAAGCUUGCCAACCUCAGCAAAUCGAUUUUUGUGCCUUUGGUGGAUCUAAAAGUUGCGGCGAAACGCCGAGAAGCAGCCGCCCGCCUGAGCUCUUAUCAAGUGAAUCAGGUUUCUUCUCCGGCCGAGUCCAAGCCUGAUCCGAGCGCCAAUGUGGUCCGUCACAGAGGAAGGCCUCGAAAGACCCGUCUUAACCCCGGUGAUGACUCCGAAACGAGCUCUGUGGUGGAGAAGGCCAAGGACAGUGUCGACGAAGAAAAAAUAUCUAUGCAGGUUGAGGAGAAACAAAGUGAAGAGUUGAAGAAGAAAGCAGAGGCGGUGGUCGGGGAAGCAGUGGAGCUGGUCAAACGAGGCAGAGGAAGGCCUCCAAAAAAUAAGCCGGCACAGCUGCAGAGUCCUAAAGCUGCAGUUAAGCGAGCAGCAAGUAGUUCAUCUAAAUCCAGCGAUUACAGCCCCGAGAAACGCUUUAAAAGUCUUGAUGCUAAAGCUAAGAAAAGCCCGGCUUCAACAUCACCGCCGGAAGAUGUCAACGGAUCGCGGCCGCUAACACGAGGCGCUUUAGGGAAAGACUUCCCCAGCGCAAAGAAACGCUCCUGGAUAGACAUCGAGAAGGAACUGGACCCUGACAUCGAAUCUGAAUAGUCCUCCGUCGCUUCAAACACCAGUGACCUCAGUUAGUCUCACACUGAAAGCUCACAGCUCUCUGAGGCUUGAGCAUCAGCCUUGAAGGCUUCACCAAACGUGCCUGUCUGAACACGCCAAAGCAGCAGCGGCGCCGUUAAGCUCUUCUCUGAAUAUGUCAGCACAAAACUCAGUGGAAUUCUUUCAUACUGCAGAGAACGGCUGGUGGAAAGAAUAUGAAAUAGCAUUAAGUGACCUGCUGAAUGUAUGAGAAUAAAAUCAGUUCAGUUUUUUCCUACAAUCUUCUAUAAACAUUCAAAAUACAUUUUACUUUCAGUCAUUUGUCACUGAUCUGUCUUAUGCAAACUAAACCUGUACAGAUCCGAUAUGUGAAGCCUUAACAAUGUAAUUUAAAUGUCAGAGAACACACUGCUUUAACUCUGUAAAAUGUAUUAACACGUGUCUUUUUAUUGAGAGCCGUACUAUCUUUUGGAGUUUUUGGUUUUGUUACUAACUCAGUGGAGAUCAUUUGUAGUUGCACUUUAAAGUUUUGGUAGAAACCACCCAUGUUAGCCUUUAUAGUAUAAAUACAUUAUUGAUUGAGUUUUUUAGUUGAUUAAUAGUAAUAUGCAUAUAAACCUGAUGUGUCACAAGCAAUCAAGAUUAAAAACUGUUUGCCAUAUAUUAUAUGUCUGAAAAUAACCCCUGUGAAUAUUGUGUUGUUUUUUUAUUGCAUUACAUUUUCUUGAUGGAUGACUUUGGAACACUGGUUUCUUGUUAUGUCAGUCAAAUCAACUAGAGAUCUUUUGACCUUUGAAAUUAAUAAAAACUACAUUUAUUAUUGCACCCAG